GUUUUCCUUCACCGUUUGUCAAUGGUGUCUAAAUAAUCUUAGAAAGUAUAUAUAACUCGGAUAAAGUCACAUAGAUACUUGCCGUUGGUAGGUUUCGAACCCGCACCCUCAUGCCUCCGGGCCACCACGACAUUUACUUUAGUAGUACGACUACAAAAUUACCAGACAGACAAUUCGUAUAAAAUAAAGUAACAGAGUUACAGAGAAUUCGAUCCAUUUCCAAGGAAUAUAAUGUAAGUACCUACCUACAUAAAAGGCGAAAUA